ACGUUUCUUUGUAUAUUUAAUUUGACGUUAUGUACUUACUUUACUAUCAUAGACUAUAAUAAUAGAAGUAAUUCAUUUAUUACAAUGAACAUCAAAUGGAAAACUGUACCUUGAAGAAAUAUUGAUACACAUAUUGCUAUGAACAAAGUGCAUAUCGGAAGGGGAAACAAUGAUAUCUGAUUUAUCACAUAUUUUUACUACAUCUGGUGUAGGAUAUAUAAGCAAUAAUACCUGCCUCACAACAAUUAGAAAUGCAACAGCUAUCAGUAAUAUUUAUGGAGGCAUACCAGAAACCAUUUUACUCAACGUUAUUUGUUAUAUUAUCCUUAUUUUACUUUUUGCCAUUUUACGUAAUAGAGCUUGGGAUUACGGUAGAUUGGCUUUGAUGCACAAUGAAAAAUGGACACAGUUAUUCUACAAAAAUACAGAUGAUGCAGUUGCAAUAGAAGAAUCCAAUGCCGAUGUUUCCCUUAUACCUGAUCAAGGCUGCUUAUGGUUUCCUUCUAUCUUCAAGUUGACAAGAGAAAGGAUAUAUUCAAGAUGUGGACCAGAUGCUGCUCAUUAUUUAUCUUUUCAGAAGCAUCUAUUAAUUCUAACUUGUUGUAUAACAUGUUUUUCCCUAAUCGUGAUCCUACCUAUACAUUACCAAGGAAAUUUACAAGGAGAUGAUGUAACCAGUUUUGGUCAUAGUACAAUAAGCAACCUCCCUGCCUCUUCAGAUUGGUUAUGGGUACAUGUGGUAGCUUGUUUCACUUUACUUCCUCUAUCAGUCUAUAUAAUGCGGAAAAGUUCAGGUAAAAGACCCAGUGCUACUGUUCUCUCUUCUCGUACUUUGAUGAUUACUCAUAUUUCAAGAGGUCAGAGGAAUGUUGAUGACCUAAAAAGUUAUUUCUCUGUUCGAUAUCCGGGAGUUGAAAUUAAAGAUAUACAAAUUGCUUAUCGUGUGAAAAAAUUAAUGAAAUAUGAAAUGGAACGUGAGACAGUUAGAGAAGCUAAAGCAUAUUGUGUUACUAAUAACAAGACUGACUUGAGAGUUCAGCCCCAUGGUUGUAUCAUAUGCUGUCCAUGGAAAACAGAAAACGCUCUGCAAUAUUAUACCCAAGAGGAAGAAAAAUUGAAUGACUUUGUGGUAUCUGAAAGGCAAAGAGUUUUAGAGCGACCAUUGGGGAUUGCAUUUGUCACUUUAAGAACUGAAGAAAUGGCUGAUCACAUUUUAAAUUCAUUUCAGCCUGACUCAAUUCGACAAUGGAUAAUAGCAAAAGCACCAUCUCCCUCUGACAUCAACUGGGAAAAUCUUGAAAUAUCUUAUAGGAAUUGGUACUCCAAAGCAAUCCUCAUAAAUGCUAUUUUAUUUUUAAUUUUAUUCUUCCUAACCACACCUUUAAUUUUAGUGAAUGUUAUCAAUAAUCUGACUUCAAUUCAAGAAAAUUUUAUUUCUAAACUUAGUCCAAUGUUGUCUGAGUUUCUUCCCACACUACUUCUGCUAUCAUUUUCUGCAUUACUACCAGUUAUUGUUGCUUAUUCUGAUCAGUGGAUGUCUCAUUGGACUAAAUCCCAACAAAAUCAUGCAACAAUGCACAAGACAUUUUUCUUUCUUUUAUUUAUGGUGUUGAUUCUUCCUUCCUUGGGCUUAACAAGUGCUCAAACAUUUGUACAAUGGUCUAUUCAAAAAAAUCAGUCAGUUCAUUGGGAUUGUAUAUUCUUAGCCGAUAAAGGUGCGUUUUUCGUAAAUUAUGUUAUUACUUCAGCAUUAAUCGGAACAGCCCUAGAGUUGCUGAGAUUUCCUGAAUUGGCCAUGUAUACUUGGAGAUUGUUCCGUAUAAAAUCUGAAGCUGAGAAAAUGACUAUCCGUAAACAAAUCUUAUCAGAGUUUCCGUUCGGCAUUCAUUAUGCUUGGACGCUUCUCAUAUAUACUGUAAGUACAGUUUAUUCUUUGUCUUGUCCCCUUAUCACCCCUUUCGGUUUGAUAUAUCUAACUCUCAAAUAUUUAGUUGAUAAAUAUAAUAUUUAUUAUGUGUAUCGGCCUAUCACAAUGUGUGGUGAAGGCCAUGCAAUUCAUAGUAAUGCUGUUAAAAUGGUUAGGGUUUCCGUUCUUCUUUUACAACUCAUCAUGUCUGUGUUUUUCUACAUAAGAGGAGGACUUUCUUGGAUGACAUAUUUAACAAUAAUCUCCUCACUUUUCACAGGAGGAUGCUUCAUAUUACUUAGUCCUUUUCCUUCCUGUAAAACUUCUCGUUCAAACCGUACUAAUCUUUCAGAAACGCAAGAAGAAUAUAUUGCCCCUGUCCUUCUAAGUUCUCAGUUUGUAGGUGGGGAAACUGGAGCUAAUAUUCCAGCUUCACAAUCAUAUGGUUCUAAUGUGAGUGAUAUAACUGUGCAAAUAGAUUUGGAUAAUUCUACUAGUACUGCUUAAGCAUCAAAUUCUUUAAUCCUUCCAAGGCUGUGACUAAUAUCUUGUCUUCAUUUACUCAUUCACAAAAAAAACGACAAAUCACUUCUCGAAGUGUACUUUCCUUUAUUCAUUAAUUUGAAAUCAUAGUUUGCAUUUACAUUUUAAAUGUUUGAUUUCAAACUUUAUUUGAAUAAAUCUUACUUGGAGGUUUGGUAGGGAUGUCACUUCUGCUAUAUUUUGUCUAUUCAUUUAAUUUGUUUGAACUUGUUUUAAACCAAUAAUUAACAUGAGUAUCAAUUCAAAGUUAUACCUGAACCUUUACUCACGAAUUUUUUUAAAACUUUUUUAUCAGUUUUUUCAAAGGCAGUUCUUCCUUCAGACUUGAAGCAAACUCAAAAGCAAAUACUUAACUUUCCAAUUAAUUCAAAUUUACUUAAGUAUCUGGCUAUCCGAAUAUUGGUUAUUCACUGUUGUCGUUACCCAGUUUGAGAUUAAUUUUAUGGAACUUCAAUAAUCAAAGUUCCUGUGCUUAUAUCAUCUGAUAUAAAGUGUAUUAGAAACCCUACUUCACUAUUCUGAAUAUAUAUUCAGUGAUGUAGAUUUAUUAGGAAAUAUUAAAAUACAGCUCAUAACUACAUAAAUAAAUUGAUUAUAGAUGUUAUGUAUAGUAAUUUAUUGAAUAUAUUGUGUUUUAGUUAAACUUUUUGUUGAGAUAAUUUAAUUGAUCUGAUGAAUUUGCAGCUUGUAACUUCUUCAACUAAUGUGAAAAUAUUUUCUUACAAGCAUUAUUUUUCAAUAAAUAUGUAAAUUCAAUUAUACUUUUUUAGUUA